UGAGGAGGCCACAGCUCUGUGAUGCGGGCCUGGGCCCUAGUCAGUAGACCCACAGACACGCCCAGGGUUCAGUUGCUUGAGUGCCACAAUGCAAUUCAGAAGAUGGAGAAUCAUGUCUUUCCUCUGAAAUCCAUUAGUACCACAUGGUUGAGGCCCAGCUCCACUUCCUGGGUGGUGGACAUCACCCUGGGCCUUCUGUGUGGACUGGGGCUCUUCCUCCUGUUACUCCCCUGCCUCGGGGGAGAUCCAUCCUCACCACUGCCUGGGCAGAAAAGAAACAUCAGGAAGCCUCCAGUGGGGAAGAGGGGGAGGCCCAGGAGCAGGAAGAAGAGCUGUGCUCUGAAAGCUUGUAGAGACUGCCGGAGGGAAUUGGAAGGGGCUCGGGACCUGAUUUUACUUCUGCAGGGCAACCUGGGGAAGUUCUCUGACAAGGGGGACUUUCAUCAGCUGUCAUAUCCAGACCCCCCAGGGGAGGUGUGCAAGCCAGCACCUACCAGAGCCCACCUGCCUCAUAGGGAGUGUGUGGAAGAUGCUUCUCCUGCCACCUCCUCCACAGUGGCUUCCCCAGCUCCCCUGGCUGAGCACCCUCUGCCUCUGUCCUCCAUCUUGUUGCCAGGCCUGACAACCUUCCCAGUUUGUGCUGGAUCACACUCAUCCUUGAGUGCCUCCCAGCUGACAAAGCCUUUGCUUCCCCUAGAAUGCCCUUCACCCCAGCCAUGGGUGCUUUCCCUUCCCACACCGCGGUCCCCUGAUCCUGUGGCCUGCCCUCUGCCUCCUCCUGACUCCAGCCUGGCUCCCCCUCAGUGUGACUCAAUGGCACGCUCACCGGGCACUGUCCCACAGAGCUGUUCUCCACCCAACAACUGUUGGUUGUCUCCUCCUGUCUCAAUGAUCUCGGGCCUUGGUUGCUCCAGUGACCCUGUCUCAGCCCUCGCCUGGUGGCAGGCAGCUGCCAGAGCUGGCAGAGCCUGGUGUCUCUCCACCUCAUCCAAGGGCAAAUCCCAGCAAGAGCAUCUUUCCAACCGCCCACCAGAGGCUUCGUUCUGGGCAGACUCCACACACAAGCAGAUGGAGGCUCGUGGUCCCUCUUUCAUCAACCCUGAUGUCCAGAACUUACUGGAGAUGCUCAUCACCAAGAGAGUAGAGCUGAAGCUGUGGAAGGGGAAAAAGAAGGGGUCAUCUCAGAAACAAAUGAGCCCAGAUUACCCUUUCUGGAAUGUGACAAAUGAACCAGAGCAGCUGCUUGAUCCUCAGCAGCUCUCCAAUCCCAAGCCUUUGGGGGACCAUUUGCAGCAGAAAUGCAGUCAGUGCUUCUGGGGCCACCCCUUUCUGCACAGUGAGUCCCUGGUGGCUGCGGCCUGGGUCUCUGGUCCCCCAUUAGAGUUUCCCUCUGUUUUAUUCAAUGUACUCUCUAAUUCAUUCACGGUACAAAUUCAGGCUAAGCUACCUCUACAACUCCUUCCGCCCCAGCCCUGGCACCAGCACAUAGCCCCACCCCAGCCUUUGACUGAAACCUUGCCCCAGCUCCAGACCCCACCUCUGGCUGGGAUUCACACCCAGGCCCGUCUCCCACCUUCUCUCUCAACCCCACCAUGCUAUUCACCUCAGAUUACUUUCUGUGGAGCAUCUCGCCCAACAGUCCAUAUGAAGGCCCAAUUUCCUAUCCCAACUGCUAUUCAACAGCUAGAAUGUCACCUUCUGAAGAAGCAACAAGAAAGCAGGAGGGAUUUACCCACGAUAGUCAAAAAAUCUCAGGAAGUCUUUAAGCAGCUCAUUCCCAACAGCUGGGUCUCCCAAACCCACAAGUCACUCUCUAGCCACCCAGGAGAUGUUAUCAAACCUGAGCUCCAGGAGCAACUGGAACAACAUCUGCAAACAAGCUUCACAAAGCACCAGAGCAAACUGCCAUCCAGGAACCAGCUGUCUCUGGGAAUGGUACAGCCUCAGGGCAAAUUUCUAGGGGCAGGUCAGGCAAAGGAGAAGCAAGGGUCCUCAUGGUCCUUAGCCUUUGAAGGGGGAAGCAGCCAGGAUAUACAGGACAUGGAGUCCCAGGGCCCAGAAAUGUGGCCACCAUGGAAAGACUCGAGCCUGCAUCUGGAGCACUGUCUAGGGAGUGUCCAGAAAGAUCUCUCCUGGGAUUCAGAGAGCUCCCCAAUGAUAAUUCCAGGGCCCAGCUCUGAGGAGGAGUUAGAAAGGGACUUUAUGAGCCCCUCAAGAAGUAACACAAGAAAUGACUUUCCAGGGAGCCCAGACAAGGAACAUCUAGAAGAUGUCCUGAAAGUCCACUUGAGCAGGAAGUUGGGGCAGAUUAUGGAAAACAGGAUCCCUGUGAGUGUUCAUCAUUCCAGGCUUGCUAUUGACCAAGCCUUAGCCUCUCCUGAAAACUCAAACAUGCACAUAGAAACUGGAAAUCUGGCAUCCUCAGAGGGUUGGGAAUCCUGUGAGGACACAUUGCAGGAACUUCUUGAUCCAGGCAGUCAACGUGUGCUGGAAGCACACAUUAAAAGGUUACAGGUGAGGCGCAGGUGGGGCCUACCCCUCAAGGUCAUCAAGGCCAAAAAUCUAUUUAUGUUGAAAAAGGCUCAUCCCAUGCUUGUUCCACACUCCACUUUUCCAUCCUGGGCCAUCUGUGUAUCUGGGGACAACUCCACAGGUGAAGUUCCCAAUUUCCCAGGAGAAGAUCCUUUUGAAGGUCCAGGAGAGAAGGUGACAACAGAAAAGACAGUCCUCAGCCUGACUGAUCCUCCCCCUGUCCCCUCACCUGUGGGUGAGGACCUCAAGAUGGACCUGAGAGGGACUCAGUCUGGUGACAACUCUGGGCACACAGAGGCUCCUUCCGCUGUUCAGGAGGGCAGGUGGUCUUCUCAGCCCAUCACUUACAGAAUCUGGCACAGUGAGAUGGCCCUGGGGGCUGGGCAAGGCAGCCCAGAACCAAGUCCAAGUCCAGCAAUGGCCAGGAAUGAGCUGAGGGAGGAGAAGGAGAGUGUGGCCUCAGGAGACUCCUACAGUAGCCUAGCACUGCUGGAGCUCACUGUAGGGUCCCAAUCUUCAGGGGCCAAGGAGACCACAGAGCCAAUGGAGGCUGAGAAAGAAAAGUUCCCUGCUUGGGAAGCCACCUUGGGAGCCAGUGUGAGGGCAGACUCCCACACCCUUAAUGUCAACAUGAGCUCAGAGUCUCUGGGGAACAGUAAAAGCUCCCUACCCUCAACAAUUUAUGUCACCCAGGACCCCAAAGAGCUAUGUCUUAAUGCAUGGAUUGUUAGUGAGUGUGAGCUGGCAGUGGAGGUGGAGCCAGAGAACCAGUCUCAAGGCCCUGCCCCCGAUGUCUUCCUCCAAGACUGCACCACUGGCAUCUUCCUUGAGGACUGCAACCCUGAUGCUUUUGCCACAGAUAUCUGGGCUUCUCAGCCCUCUCUGUCCAGCUCUCACAGCAAAUCCAGUGGUGACACUGGGAGGGCAUGCAACCUCUUAUCAAGGGAAGGGAGCAAGAUCCUGAAACUCCGGGCCCCAUGUGAGAGUCAGAGCAAGACAUUUGGCCCCACUGAUGAGAGUGAGCGCUGUCGGAGGCCCAAACCAGGGGUGCACAAACAAAAGUCUGCAGGACCAAGGACCUUCCAAACCAAUGGUAUAAGCCACCAUUCCCAGGAUAGGGAAUCAGCAGAGUCACUAAGAAGCAAGUUCUCCCAGCUUCUGCCAAAGGAAGGACAGGCUCCUUCAGGAAGCUCCUUUAGGAACAAGAUGAGGCAGUUUCUGCAGCGAAUUUUCCGGAAGAAAGGCACAGGGCAGGAAAAUCCCCUACAAAAAUACAAGCCUGCAUCAGACACCACCCAGUGCUGGGGACCAGUCACAGGCAGUGGGAUGGCUGAAGCCCAGGAGCUCACGAUCACUAUUGGACAGAUCCUAGAGGAGAAUAUGGGACUUCACCAUGAACUUCCUGCAUUGAAGGGAAAUUGGUACAAAGAGAAACUCCAUGCUUCAGUGGGUAGGAGCUGCAGCUACCACAGGGGUUCCUCCCACCUAGAGCAAAGGAGAGUGAAGAGAGGUAAAGCCUGCAGUCACCAAGCCACCUCCAUGAGCCACAGCCAUCCAGUCAAGAGCAGGUUGGUCAGAGAUAGGGAGAGUAACUGGGCCUCCCCAGCCAGGCCCUGCCAGCAUCAGCCAAGGGUGGCAAGAGCCUCCAGCCACCCCGUCUGCUGCCCCAGGCACUGUCGUCUACCUAGAGGUAUCUUGCCUCAUCAACCAGAGAAAACUUUUCUCCCAGAAAAACUCCAGUUCAGGCAAAAAAAACCUAUUUUGCCUCGUGUGAGCACAUCCCAAAUAUGCUAAUGGCCUCUUUUUAUGAAGACAUAAAAUUCUUCCUAAUACAUGUAGUUUUCCUCAUCA